AUGUGUCCUUCAAGAGCAGCCACAAGUGAAGCAGAGGCUUUGAUGAGAUGGAAAUCCAGCCUAUCAUCUUCUGCUUCUCUCGAGUCUUGGUCCCACAACAACAUCAGCAACCACUGCAGAUGGAUUGGCAUUCGCUGCAACGACGAGGGAUCUGUCUCUGGGAUUGACCUCCCCGGUGCAAACCUUGCAGGGACAUUGGACCUGUUCCAUUUCACUGCAUUGCUGAAUCUCACCACUUUCAAACUCAGCGGGAAUGCUCUCAACGGCUCCGUACCAGGUGCUCUUGGCAACCUCACAAGCCUCACUCUCUUGGACCUCUCCGACAAUCAGUUUUCCGGAGCCAUUCCACCAGAGAUCGGCCGCCUGACAGAGCUUCGAUACCUGAGCUUCUCCAACAACUAUAUGGUUGGAGAAAUCCCAUAUCAGAUAGACAAUCUGAGGAAGGUGCGCUUCUUGGAUUUGGGCUCUAAUUACUUUAAAUCUCCCGACUGGUCUAGAUUUUCCACAUUCCCUUUCCUCACUCACCUUAAUCUCUAUUACAAUGAACUCACCUUGGAAUUCCCACACUUCAUAACCACAUGUCUCAACCUUACUUUUCUUGAUUUGUCUCAUAACACCUUCACAGGCCAAAUUCCCAAAUCAUUGUUCACCAAUUUGGUCAAACUUGAAUAUCUUAACCUCACCACAAAUGGUUUCCAAGGCCCCAUAUCAUCAAAUAUCACUAACCUCUCCAAGUUGAAGGAUCUUCGCCUCUCCCUCAACUUCUUCUCUGCCAACAUUCUUGAUUCAGUAAGCCUUAUUCCAAGCCUGCAAAAUCUAGAGUUGUACAAUAAUUUGUUUAUAGGAGAAAUCCCUCCUUCUAUAGGCCUACUCACAAAUCUCCGAAGUCUAGACCUUGGAAUGAACAGAUUCAAUUCCUCCAUUCCACCAGAGCUCGGCCUGUGUAACAAGCUGACCUACUUAGAUUUAUCCGAGAAUUCACUCUCGGGGCCAUUGCCUCCAUCCUUGUCAAAUCUGGGCAAUUUAUCUGACUUGAUACUAUCUGAUAAUAACCUGACUGGUGAAAUAUUGCCCCGUUUCAUCACGAAUUGGAGAAAACUAAUCUCAAUACAGUUUCAAGACAAUGAAUUCAGUGGGAAACUUCCAUCAGAAAUAGGCUUGCUUACAAACCUCGAGUCUCUGUAUCUCCCUAAUAACUCGUUUUCCGGCAGCAUCCCACCAGAGAUAGGAAACCUACAAAAAAUAAUGUGGCUGGACCUUUCAACCAAUAACUUUUCAGGUCCAAUACCAUUCACCAUUGGGAAUCUAUCAAAUCUAAAGGGCUUAUUUCUAUCUUCCAACAAAUUAAAUGGUCCAAUACCAUUCACCAUUGGAAAUCUGUCAAAUCUGAAGAACUUGGAUCUCACUUCAAACAAAUUAAAUGGUCCAAUUCCAUCUACCAUCGGAAACCUUUCAAAUCUGUUGGGCUUGUAUCUCUCUUCCAACAAAUUAAAUGGUGAGCUCACAUCCUCCAUCUGUAACUUGUCAUCCCUUCGUUAUUUUCUUCUCUCAAAUAAUACUUUGGAAGGAAGACUGCCACAGUGCUUCGGAAACUUCAUCGGAUCCGUGCAAAUAUUUCAUCUAAACAUGAAUCACCUUAGUGGCCUCAUUCCAUCUAACUUUACCAAGGGUUGUAAUGUUAUAUCCAUCAAUUUGGGUGAAAACAAAUUCCACGAAAGAUUACCUGAAUCCUUAAUCAAUUGCCGAAGUCUAAGGAGUCUCGACAUCGGAAAUAAUAGAAUGCAAGGUGAAUUUCCCUUUUGGAUGGGAGGCCUUCCCAACUUUAAAGUGCUAGUGUUGAGGUCUAACAAGUUUGGUGGUAACAUAUCACUUCCUUCACCAACCAAACUCCCAUUUCCUGAGUUACAAGUUCUAGAUAUCUCUCAUAAUGCAUUUGUUGGCUCUCUACCCAAUAGAUAUUUCAACAAUUUCAGAGCAAUGAUAGAGGAAAAGCAAAGAAAUGACACAAUUCUUAACUCUGACGACAUGAGAUAUCGACAAUUUGUGAAUAUAAUAGUCACCUUGAAAGGUCAUGAUCAGUUAUUGAAUAGACUGUUGGAAGGCUUCACAACGAUUGAUUUAUCCUCCAAUAGUUUCUCCGGGGCUAUUCCACCUUCUAUAGGAAAUCUUAAGAUUCUCAAAUAUUUGAACUUGUCCCACAAUAGCCUCACAGGACAUAUACCUUCGUCUCUUGGAAACAUGAGUGCACUCGAAUCGUUGGACUUGUCAACAAACAAAUUGGACGGAGAAAUUCCAAGUGAAUUGACAAGGUUGACAUUUCUUGCGAAAUUAAACCUUUCAAUGAACACUCUUGUUGGGCAAAUACCGCGAUCCAACCAGUUCUCCACAUUUGAGAAUGAUUCAUAUAUGGGAAACUUGGGAUUGUGUGGAGUUCCGUUGACGAGAAAAUGCAAAGAGGAUGAUGGGAAAUUGAUGCAGCCUACAGAAGAAGAAGGUGAUGAUGAAGAUGAAUUCAUAGAUGGAUUUGGUUGGAGAAGUGUGGUGAUGGGAUAUGGAAAUGGAUUCGUAGUUGGGAUUGGAAUUGGUUACAUGAUUAUAAGAAGCGGAAGGCCAAGAUGGUUAGUGGAAUUCUUUUUCGGGGUUGGUUAUAAUUAUAAGACGAACAAGAAAUGCAACCGGGCUGCACCAACACGCAGGGGAACUUGAUUCAAAGCGAAAGAGAAUUGUGUGAUUUCCAUUUUUUAUUUGAUUUGGAAUGUGUUUGAGUUGUAUUUGGAUUAGUCACACUGUCUGUAGUUUGUUUCAUUAAUGAGAUGGAUUUCAUUUAUAAUUAA